GUCUUCACAAAGACAACAGUUGUUGUUGCGUGUGUAGGGCGGCGGACCUGAGGACUCGCGUCACCUCCUGAAGAAGCCGCUAUAAAAACGCGUUCGCGUGGCGUUCGCCAGAGGCUCUGACGGACUCGUCGUUUUCGAGCGUUUUUUAUGUCGCAGUACGACCGCGAUAAGGCAGAACAGCAGCGGGACGCGGCACCAUGAGGACCCUGUGGGGAAACGUUAUUCUCCUCGUCUCUGUUUUCCUCUUAAACGACGCCUCAGCUCAGACUAAGCUCCCGAAGGAGUGCGGACCCCCGAGAAACCACCCGAGCGCGCACCCGGGGAACGGGUACCGCGCGCAGACCACGUCCUACCCGCACAGCAGCCGGAUACGCUACCAGUGCGCGCUCGGCUACACGGCCCUGAGCGGCUCGCUGUCCAUCGAGUGUCGGAACGGGCGGUGGAGCGCGUUCACCCUGCGGUGCGCGCGGAAACUCUGUGGGUCUGCAGGAGAUAUUUUAAAUGGAUAUUUUGAGUACGAAGGCGAAGCUUUGUUUGGUGAUAGGGCUUUCGCCAUGUGUAAAGAGGGGUAUCGCCUGAAAGGUGACAGAUACAUGCAAUGUGGAAACAAUGGCUGGGAAGGCAAGGUUCCCACUUGUGAACAAAGCACAGCAGAAAUCACCUGCCCCAGUCCUGCAGUGGAAAACGCCUUGAGGACAGAUGGGGACACCUUAGAGUUCAGGGCUGGAGAUGCUCUGGGCUUUACCUGCCAGCCAGGUUAUGAUCUGCAUGGCUCCCAGAAAAUCAUUUGCGGACCAGAUGAAAAGUGGAUCCCUGAGCUCCCCGUGUGUCGGCCCACCAGGAUAGCUAUCUGCAGUGCCCCCGAAGAUUACAACAACACAACUCGUCUUGAGGAUGAGUACCAAACACAGACCAAGUUCUUCUCUGGAGAUGAAGUCCAGUAUAAGUGCGCUGCAGGCUAUGUCCAGGAGUCGGGGUCCCCGUCCAUCGUGUGUCAGAAUGGGCAGUGGACGCGAUUAACGCUUAUGUGCCAGCGGAAACCCUGUGGGUCUGCAGGAGAUAUUUUAAAUGGAUAUUUUGAGUAUGAAGGACAAUCUUUGUUUGGUGAUAAGGCUUUCGCCAUGUGUAAAGAGGGGUAUCGCCUGAAAGGUGACAGAUACAUGCAAUGUGGAAACAAUGGCUGGGAAGGCAAGGUUCCCACUUGUGAACAAAGCACAGCAGAAAUCACCUGCCCCAGUCCUGCAGUGGAAAACGCCUUGAGGACAGAUAAGGACACCUUAGAGUUCAGGGCUGGAGAUGCUCUGGGCUUUACCUGCCAGCCAGGUUAUGAUCUGCAUGGCUCUCAGAAAAUCACUUGCGGACCAGAUGGAAAGUGGAUCCCUGAGCUCCCCGUGUGUCUGCCCACUGGGACAGCUAUCUGCAGUGCCCCCGAAGAUUACAACAACACAACUCGUCUUGAGGAUGAAUACCAAACACAGACCAAGUUCUUCUCUGGAGAUGAAGUCCAGUAUAAGUGCGCUGCAGGCUAUGUCCAGGAGUCGGGGUCCCCGUCCAUCGUGUGUCAGAAUGGGCAGUGGACGCGAUUAACGCUUAUGUGCCAGCGCUAUGUCCCAGGAAGCUGUGGUGCGCCUAUACCCUAUCCCAACAUGCAGCUUGUGGAAGGACAUUUGACGCAACAAGAUCUUCAGGAGGGGUCCAGGCUCCGGUACAAAUGCACUAUGGGAUACAUUAGAUCAGGCGGGACCACUUCCAUUAGCUACUGCAAAAAUGGUGCCUGGACACAUGUUGACAUGGAGUGUGAACGGAAAUCAUGUGGAUCUGCAGGAGAAAUUCUUCAUGGCCAUUAUAAAUAUGAGGGGAAUUUGUUUGGUGAUAAGGCCUUUGCAGUCUGCAAUAAAGGAUACCAAGUUGUAGGAUUCAAUUACAGACAGUGUCUGGACAUGGGCUGGGAUGGGAGGGACCCUGUUUGCGAAGCUGUGAAGUGUGCUGACCCACCCGAGGUGGUGGAUGGGGUAUGGACAGGUCCCAUAGAGGGUCCCUUUAAGUAUGGCACAGUGAUCACCUACCAGUGUCGCAAAGGGCAGCUUCUUGGGAAGAGCGAGAUGUACUGUACGUUUAAGGGCACAUGGAGCUCCGCGCCCCCACAGUGUAAAGAGGUUACUUGCCCAAAUUUGGUGGUACCCUACGCUCAGAAGAUUUCUGGAUUUGGCACUCGGUAUCAGUACAAAUCUGCCAUAUCAUUUCAAUGCAAGAAGGGCUACUCCCUGCAAGGCAGCAGCACUGUAGUUUGUCAACAAAACGGAAAGUGGAGCAAACCUCCAAAAUGCACAAGUGGAGAGAAUUUGUACCGUGAAGGAAAGAUGUUGCAUGCGUGGAGCAGUUGGAGAAACUCCAUUUGACGCAUGUAAAUCAUCGUGAACCUGUAAACCUUCAGGACGUCCACCACUAUCCCCUGCACCGCAGCCUGGCAGCAGAACUGCGGAGCUGCUUACCCGUUCUCAACACAGCCUGGACACCCACCUGAACUAUCUAACCUUUCAUGUACUUAAGCACAUUGGAUGUUUCCAUGUUAUGUUAUGCACUGUGUUAUUUAAAUACUGUCAUUAAGCUCUGCUGAUGUACAGUACUGUGCUCAUGUAGCAGUUAAUUACUGUAAAUAUAGUAAAAGCCACAUGAAUCACUCUGGAUAACCAGAGUGUCAGCUACUUUAAGAGAGAAUGAAAUAAAUUGGGAAAUGAUGUAAAAUGAGAAAAUGUUAAUGAAAACAGCAAAUAAAUGGUUUAGGUGGGAAAGGGAA